GUGAUCAGCGGUGUCCAAUGACACGCUGCGAUCAUCAGGGCACUGAUGAUCACCCUGAUGAUCGGUGCCCAGCAGUGGCACCCGCAAGUUCCGCCCACCUGUGCCCAGCAGUGCGCCCACUAGCUCCGCCCACCUGUGCCCAGCAGAUCACCCACCUGUGCCCAGCAGUGCACCCACCUGUGCCACUCUGCAGUGUCACACACCUGUGCCCAGAGCCACCUACCUGUGCCCAGCAGUGCCACCCACCUGUGCCCACCCACCUGUGCCCCACCUGUGCCCUGUGCCACCCACCUGUGCCCACCAGUGCCACCCACCUGUGCCCACCCACCAGUGCUGCCCACCAGUGCCACCCACCAGUGCAGCCCAGCAGUGCUGCCAGUCAGUGCCACCAGUCAGUGUCCAGCGGUUGUGCCAGUCAGGGCCGCCAGUCAGUGCCCAGCAGUGAUGCCAGUCAGUGCCAUCUAUCAGUACCCAUCAUCAGUGUCACCUAUCAG